UUUCACUUCCGGUUUUAGAUUAGUCCGCAUGUAAACAAAACAACUGUGCACGUCAGAACCUCAGAUAAUCAAUAAUAAUGAAUGAAAAUGUAGAUUAACAUCCCACACGUCGUGUCAGAAAAGCAAAACAUCAGUAUGGAAUAUGCAAAAUCUGUUUUUGGUGGUUGGAAUCAGGACGGAUACAGUAGUAAAGCCACUGAAGUUGAAACCUUGUCAGAAGAUGAAGAUGAUAUUGCACAACAAUCUGGACAUAUUGGCAUGUCACUAAGUCACACAACUAGUCCCCAGGGAUUUGUACCUACACCUGGAGGACCUUUCUCAGCACUUACCCCAUCCAUGUGGCCAGAAGAUAUACUUACAAAACUUAGUAAUCAGCCAGAAGACCCGAAUGGAGAAUUGGACUAUAGAUAUGAUGAGUUUGGGUUUAAAGUAGAAGAAGAAGAUGGACCAGAAGAAAAUUCCAGUAAAUUAUUGAGUACUCCAUUUGUUGAAGACCCCCAACACAGAUUAAAAUGGACAGCUUACUUAGAAUUUACACAUAAUAAUGAAGUGGGAGACUUGACAUGGGACAAGGUUGAAUCAAGAUUACCAAGAUCGGAUAAACUGAAGAGCAUGGUUAGGUUGGGUAUCCCCCACUCAUUACGACCACAGAUUUGGAUGAGACUUUCUGGAGCCCAGGAGAAGAAAGAAAAAUCAGAUCUUUCAUAUAAAGAUAUUGUCAAAGCUAGUUCUAAUGACCAUUUGAUGACAUCAAAACAAAUUGAAAAGGACUUGCUGAGAACAAUGCCCAGUAAUGCCUGUUUCUGUAACAUACAUGGUACAGGGAUACCUAGGUUAAGAAGAGUGUUGCGUGGACUAGCAUGGUUAUACCCAGAUAUUGGGUACUGUCAAGGGACUGGAGUGAUUGCAGCCUCUCUGUUACUGUUUAUGGAAGAAGAGGAUGCAUUUUGGAUGAUGUGUUCAAUCAUAGAAGAUUUGUUACCUGCAUCAUAUUAUUCACAUACCUUGAUUGGUAUACAGGCUGAUCAGAAAGUUUUGAGGCAGAUACUUAUAAACUACUUACCCGAUUUAGACUUAGUCCUCAAAGAACAUGACAUUGAGUUAUCAUUAAUCAGUUUGCAUUGGUUUCUAACCCUGUUUGCCAGUGUGGUACAUAUGAAAGUUUUACUCAGGAUCUGGGAUAUGUUCUUUAAUGAAGGAUCUACAAUUGUCUUUCAAAUGACAAUGGGCAUGUUGAAAAUGAAGGAAACAGAAUUGAAGUCUUUAGAUAACUCAGCCCAGAUAUUUAAUUCUCUGUCAGAUGUACCUGGUGAUGUCCAAGAUGUGGAUGAACUAAUAGAGAUUGCCUUCAGAAUCAGUGGGUCUUUGACAGAUGUUGUGAUAGAAUCUCAUAGAAGAAAACAUUUAGCUUACUUAAUGGCUGACCAAGGUGCUAUUGUUAGCCCCCAAUCAAAUAAUUUACCAAAACAGCAAUUGAAUAAAAGGCAUUUGAGGAGAUCACGGUCUUUAGUGUCAACAUUACUUUGGGGUGAUCAAGAAGAUGAUGAUUUUGGAAAAGCCAAGAAUAUAAAACAGACAGAGUUACUUGUAGAUCUUAGAGAAGCUAUACUGCAAAUAGCAAGACACUUCCAGUCACUGGAUCCCAAAAACAAUAAAGUGAACCUGAUAGCUGACUAUACAAUGGAGAGUCAUGCCAAGGAUCUGGAGAAUUAUGUAAAUGUGGCAAGAAACAAACGAAGAAGAGCUAAAGCAUUGUUAGACUUUGAAAGACAUGAUGAUGAUGAGUUAGGUUUCAGAAAGAAUGAUAUAAUUACAAUAAUCUCUCAGAAAGAUGAACAUUGUUGGGUAGGGGAACUAAACGGUCUCCGUGGAUGGUUCCCUGCCAAGUUUGUAGAAGUUUUAGAUGAGAGAAGUAAACAUUAUUCCUCAGCAGGGGACGACAGUGUAACAGAAACUAUAACUGAUCUUGUCAGAGGAAGUUUGUGUCCAGCACUAAAGCAAGUAUUUGACCAUGGAUUAAAGAGAUCCAACUUGCUUGGUUCUACAUGUCAUCCAUGGCUCUUCUUAGAGGAGGCUGCAACAAGAGAGGUUGAGAAAGAUUUCCAGUCAGUUUACUCCAGAUUAGUACUAUGUAAAACAUACAGAUUGGAUGCUGACGGAAAAGUCUUAACACCAGAAGAGAUUUUGUACAGAGCUGUACAAGCAGUGAAUGUAUCUCAUGAUGCUUGUCAUGCACAGAUGGACGUCAAAUUUAGGUCACUGGUUUGUUGUGGACUAAAUGAACAGGUCCUACACCUUUGGUUAGAAACAUUGUGUUCCUGUGUUGAUAUCGUUGAAAAGUGGUAUCAUCCUUGGUCAUUUAUGAGAAGUCCAGGAUGGGUCCAGAUCAAGUGUGAAUUAAGACUGUUGUCACAGUUACCAUUCAGCCUCAGUUUGGAGAAAGAAAUCCCACAAUUCUCUACUCCACAUGUCAAACAACUCAGAUCAGGAGUUAGGGAUAUGCUAAUAAAACAUCAUUUGUUCAGUUGGGAUUUAUAGAAAUGGAAUUUAAGGGGGGUGGACAUAGUAUUGUAGCUUUAAUUGACAUUAUGAAGAAAUUGUUAAAUGUAAAGCUUUAUACUGUGAGACGGUUAAUUCCAGUUUUCUUGUAUUAAUGUUUUACCAAAUUAUAUUUACGCCUAAAACUGGUCUUUUUUAUAUUAUUGAAUUAAACACUUAUUUUCAAAGGAAUUAAGCGCUUACAGCAAUUGAUAUUUUCACUGUUAAGUUAAAAUCUGUUUAAGGCCCCACACUCCCAAGUGUUGAGGGCAUAUAGUAUUACCCAUACCCAUCUUUUGUCAUUCCGGUGAUCUGAAAUCAAAAAGUUGUCCAAAGGUGUUUUUUUUUCCAUUAAGUAUUGGUUCUUGUAUAAUGAUUGCAGAUCCAGUUCACUGGAUGUUUGUGGAAUUACUGCUCUUAGAUUUAUAAAAUUGGACUUGUCAGGACUUUUUUUGUAAAGCCUUCAAAUCAGGAGCAGUUUUUAAUGUACAUUAGUAUAUAUUGAUGUCUUACAGGUUGAGAAACAUUUGGUCAGGUUGACAGACUUUUUCAGGAAAAUUUUAUUUUGAAUUUUAUAUGUGAUCAUCAUUUUCUGUUCCAGUUUUGUCUCAACUAAAACAUAAUAAAGUUCUCAGUUUCUCAGUUCUCAGCAUAUAAGCCACCCUAUAAAUCCUUGAAUGUAUUAUUGUCAGUUUAUGUCCCUGGAUUAUGUAACUUUUCAUAUGAAAUUCUAAAAAUGCUCAUUUAACAGUUAGGUUUCAGGCAGGGGCAUUCUUCUUGUAUCAACAUAUCUAGUUUCUACAUUUAUGUAUUGUUGAAUGAAAUCCAUGUUGUCAGUGUAGCUUUACUGUAUUAAAGUAUAUUGUGCUUUGAAUGAAGAUGGUAGAGUCUGUUUCUAUGCAUUGCAGGUAGCUUCGGUAUUUACAUGGAAAUAACUUUGUUAAAGGUUUUAUUGUGUGUAUUAUUUUCUUUUUUUGUUCGGGAUUAUUUUACUCAAGGUUGUGAGGUUGUAUGUUAUCUCCCUUAUUCAAUAUGAUGGAUAACAAUGUUAUGCCUUUUUGUCUAUAGUUGUUAUGUUUGCAACCUUAGUUAAAUUGUUUAUUUAGUGUAAAAUAAAAGAAAUUAACAUGUUUUACAAACUUGGAAUAUUUGUGGAGUCCAAAGUUGUUGUUUUUUAAUUCACUACAUGUAAGGAAAUGAGGCAGUAAUAUGAUAAAGUUUUGUGAUGGCUUUAAGUGUUGUUUAUUUGUUCCCUAUAUAUUGUACAAUUGUAUCAUACUUUGCAUAAUAAUUCAGAUCCAAUCUGAUUAAAAUACAAUUCUGUGUCCAAGGAUCUGACAACACUGUGUUCUACUUUCUGUUCUGAUAUUUAUUGCAUCAACCAAUGAAAUUUCUCCUUACAAAAUUUUGAAGGAUAAAAAUAGAGAAUUCCAAAACCGAAAGUAGAACAGAGCCAAGUCCUUGUGAUCAAACCCAGAAUGUAUUUUAAUCACAUGAGAUCUACAUAUUUAUAGUACAUAGGUACUAAGGUGGUGUAACUACAUACCUACUUAAUCAUAGUAUUUUGUAAGAACUCAGUAUAUAUUAUGUAAACUAUGCACUACUACAUGGAAUAGUAUCAACAUUAUGAUUGGAAUAACAGCUAUUUUGUAUUUUGGCAAAAAUAAUAAUUUAGAACAGAAUUUCCAACAGUUUUAGUAAUUGGAAUAAUUUAUUUAUACUUGUGAUAUAUAAUGUAGUUAAAGCCAAAUUGUAUUGACCAAAUAGAAAACAAAUGUCCAAAAUGAACAUCAGCAUGUUAUUGUAAUAUUUAUCCUAUUUUAUAUUUUCCAGGUUAUUAUCCCAGUUUUCCUUCAAUCUAUCAAUGGACUGGGAAAUCCCCAAACAAACAAUUACAACUUUCAAACCUUUCAAGGAUGGUGUAAAAGAUAUGUUAGUUAAACAUCACUUGUUUAGUUGGGAUUUAUAGAUUACUAGAUACAAUCAUUACAUUAUC